AUGAAUUGCCAAACCAAACUGAGAAUAAAUCACUUAACAGCUGUCAAAUCGGUCGCCAUCUUCACAAGUAAUGCCAACUUAAAGUUCUAUACCUCGAAAAAAACCUAACCGUUAGAACUCCAUGUUUUUCUGUCCAAAUGAAACCUCAUAUGUUUCGCGGAAGCGGUUGGCGACUGUGACGUACGACCACCGACGACGACGCUUGUCCGUCGGGGGACGACGUCGCAAGUAUCGACACACGACAAAUUUUUUUCUGACAAUGAUCAGGAUCGUCUGAAACGUCAAAAAACUAAAUACAUGUCAUAUAACAUCUCAUUUGCUAAAAUUGUCGCGAUUACAAUACUUCCCUGCUGGCGGGGGAAGUAAAAAUGGCGUUAAGUAGGUUGAUUCGGCAAAAGUUAGCCCCUCUGAGGAAAAAGGUAGUUACGCACAUGCAUAACAAAAAAAUUAAAUGGCUCAAGUCAGCUAAAGUGGCUCAUACAAUUAGUCCAUAGUCCCCCCAUUUGAUUUCUUUCCCGCCCCACUGAAAGAAUCGACCAUCUGGCAACAAUGCUGAACCUCCUUGAACAAAACAAAUUAUAUUGUGCUUGUAUUAGCCAAUCAAAUUUACAAAGAGUAGAAUCUGUAGUAAAUAUUCAGAUAAUGUGAACAACUGUUAACAUCAUCUUGAUAUUGAUCUUUAAGAGGGUAGUAGGGUAUUGUAUAGGUAUAUCAUAUUAGUUCUAAGGUACCUCGCAGCAUAAGGUUUUGGUUGAGGGAUCACCUCUUUUUACAACUCAUUCAGACUUGACAGAUCUAAUGGAAAUGAUUGAAAAGCGCCAUUGUUUCUAACAAAAAUAACUACUUUAGAUAGCCUUAUGCCGUCCCAAAAAUAUGUAUACCCAAAAGCAAGAUUCUAAGCUUAUCCACUGUAUAAUUUUAUAACUUGAGUGUAUCUUUUGGAUAUUUGCAAUCCAAAAAACAAAAACAUGAUACACCAGAUCUUGAUAAAAAUAUUUUGGGCGCUCUAAAUUUAUCGUCAUUUUUAUUUACCUCUUUAUUAUUUCAAAUGUAACUAAAGAUAUACUGACGGACACCGCAUACUUUUCUAAAAAAACCUUACAGUUAUUGUUUUUGGUGAAGUUAUUUUUCUUAGUAUGGGGGUCAUGUCUAUAUAUCUCUUCUCUGUUCAGUUACUAUAUGAAUAGUUUAGUGUUUAAAUAUUUUGUAUACUUAUAUAGUUUUAAGAGCCAAAUAUAAAAAAAUAGAGCAUAUUGCAAAAAUAAGAUGACAAAACAGAAUGAUGUAAAAUGUUAUAUGUUCUCUGCAUUUUUCAUACGAUGUGGCUGUAUUAUUUGAUUUUACAAAAAGUCAACGUCCUGCUUUAAGGCCCCAAAACUAUUCAUAUUUUUCGUACAUUCUAUGUAAAAAUACUGCUUUAAAUUAUAUGAAUUUUAUUAGGUAUGAUUAAAGACAUUAUUAUAUUGUUGUAAGGGAAAAUGAUAAUAUUUCGACUGUACAUAAAAAGCACCAUUUUAAUAGCAUGUAAAAAUGUAUAAAAUGUAAUGGUCUUGCAAAUUGAAUGAAUCUUGAAUUUUAGAGGCAUCCCGGCCACCAUAAGGAGCCAGUGCAUAGGCCGCUUAAGCGGGCCCUUAUGCACCUCUACAAUACUUAAAUCACAAGCCUCGCCCUUUUAGCGAAGUUGAGAAUCGCCUUGAGUCCAAGC